AUGGCAGUUUGCAAAUUCUUUUUGGAGAACCGUUGUCGUAACGGAACCAAUUGUAGAUUUGAGCAUGUCUACCCCCAUUUAAAGCCUGGUACAAAUUCGUAUAUUUUUCGUUCAGAGAACGCAGCACCCCCAAAGUGGGCUGAUAGUAAACAUUUGAAGAGGGCCGAAUUGGAUCGAUAUUUACCUAUAGCUAAGACGGCUGGUUUCAUUACUACAAACUUGGAAUCAGAAAAGCCUUUAUGGCCUUUAACUUGCUAUAGUGUGAAAGAUUUUUUCCCUUCUUUAUAUAGUGGCGAUGUUUCUCCAGAGGAACUCAGACUGUGGUUUUAUCAAGCACGAGCAGCAAAUGCCAUUCCUCAAUAUGAGCAACGCCAAACCGAACUGCUAAAUGAUAUUAGUCAUAAACAAAAGACUGCUUUAACAAAUCGAGAAGGUGCUGUCAAUGAAAUGAGAAAUCGUUUAGUGGGCAAGACAGGAGUGAAAUCUAUAUUCGAUACGACCCCAACUAACAACACUCAGUCAAAUAAUAACGCCUCUUUCGGUGCAUUUUCAAACCAAAACAAAAAUCCAUUUACCAGUUCGACUCCUGCAUUUGGAUUUCAACAGAAUCAACCACCAAACAGUGGGUUCGGCGGUUCAGCUGCUCCUCCGACGUCUGUAUUUGGUAAUCAGACUAGUGCUUCCCCAUUUUCUUCUAAUAACAAUAAACCAGCAGUUCCUAAUGCAUUCUCUAGUGGCGGGUUUUCCCAGAAUGCACUGAAUAGUCCACAAUUUGGUGUUCCUGGCUUUGCAACCCAAACUCCUUCAUCAUUCGGUGGGUUUUCUAAUAAUCAGCAACCGGCCUUUGGUCAAUCAUUGUUUGGACAGGCUAGUUUUCAAACUCAAGCAAAUAAUUCCAUGAAUAUACCAAAAACUUUUGAACAGCCUAAAAAUCCUCCUAAUCCUUCUCCUUUUGGUACUUCUAAUGCUCCCGUGUUUGGCCAGACAGCUUUUCAGCAGCCGACUAAUCCAAUGUUGCAAAAUAAUGUUCAUAGUGGAUUUCAGAAUCCAAACCAAGCUCAAAGCCCAUCAAGUAUAUUUGGGUCAUUUCAAAGCGCGAGUGCUGCACCUCCUAGUUUUAGUAUGGGAAGUCAAAAUCAGCAAUUUGGAUUUGGUCAACCGACUGCAGAAGGAGGUCAAGGAAUAGGGAACAACGAUUCUAUGAACAAACCCAUGGGUAACAGUAAUUUUGGUUUUCAACAACAGCCACCUGCUCCGAGCUUUCCCUCAGCGUCUUCUGCUAUGCCUGAAACUACAAGCACAAAUGUGUCAGAUGUACCUUCCGAUUUUCCGCCGGAAUUCAUUCAACAAUUUCAAGCGCCUGAAUUUACAUUGGGAAAAAUUCCCACUGUACCACCGCCGCGGCAAUUUUGUUAA